AUGGGCGCAGUUUCGAGUGAUAAACGAUUGAGAGGGCGCCAGUCAGACAGACGGUCCAGCCACCCGAACAGGAGAGAGUACAAUGUGACGCUUGAAAAGUUACGUAGUCAAAGUGAAUCAGGAUGGAUCGUAGUUCCAGACGAAGGAGCGACGAUUCUGGAGCGUCUGUUCACGAAUGCUGAUCAAUCUAUCAAAAUGUAUGGGUCUCCAAAAGAGUUGGCUGAAAAUCUGAAAGUGUUUCGUGAUUUUAGUGGAAACGACGAUUUAUUCAAUUUUUCAAUUGGAGAUCCCUAUAAUCACACAGUUGUAAAACAUCGAAGUUUGAAAAACGAGCAGUACAUUUACAAACGCGAUCUCUUUCAAUACAUGAUGAUGACCCUGAUCAAAAAUACGGUGUUUUUGAAUGAAGAGGUUCUAUGUGCUAUUGCAAUGUUCACAUUGAGAUCCAGCGAAUCUCAACUAGCUGAGUGUUGUGAAUUCAUCAAACAUGACCCACGAAUCAUGCAAGAAGUGCAGAAAGAUCUUGUAAUCCAUGUGAUGGCUGCAGAGGAUGCUCCAACCCCUGUGAUUGCUGUAAGAAUCUUUGAUGACGGUUCGGAGCAAUUUGUAAUGAAACGAGAACUUUUCGAUGCUAUCAAUAUCACAAAUCCAUCAAAAAAGCCUUUGGUCCAUGACGAAAAUCAUGGAUUUCUGUCAACAUUGUCAACUGAUUAUGAUGGGGAAUUCAGCAAGUACAGUAACCUAAUCAAUGGUAUUGAGUUCAUCCGAGUUCCCAUAAAAAGGGCUAAACACGGAGCAGUCCCAUUACCUGCUCCUAACGGCGGACACUGUAUUCUUGCUGUAGAUGCAUUUUUUGAAAUCCUUCGUCCGUUGAUCUUCAAUAGGAAAAUAUUCCAAAAGUUCAAAAAAGAAAAGUGGUACGACUUGAGAGCUGCCAUAUUCCGAUUUGAGAAUCUUUUGCCCUCGGAUAUUGUAAGUAUUUUAGUGAUUCCCAAAAAUGAAAAAAUAAAAUUUCAGAAACGAAAGAAUUUUGUUCUCCUGGACUUGGUGGAUCAGUACAGAGCUGAAUUGAAUGGUUUCUGCGAUAUCUACGAGAAAAUUCAAACCAAGAGUAUCAGUGAUGCCCCUGAGGAUGGAUUCGCUUCCGAGUAUCUGCAGAAAGAAUUGAAGAGUUUGGGAUUUACGGAUCUGUUUCCAAGAACUGUGGAUUAUGCUGAUAGAGUGUACCAAGCAAUUAAACAAAAGAAGGGAGCCUUUCUCAAAACAGCCGACCUAUUCGAUGCGAUUGAGAAAUGUGUGGUACUUGCGAUCCUCAAAGAGUUUCCAAAUCUAGGGUUAUUCAUUCACAAUCAGAACGAGUGUGAGCGUCUCCUUUUCAUGGAUUGUGAGAAAUGUUCGCAGAAAACCAAAUCUGUACUUUCCAAGACUAAAUGGACAGAGUACACCUACCGUGAAGUUAUUCCAGUAUACGAUGAGAGAGAUCCAGAAAAUCCAGUAUGCUCAUUUGUUUCAAUUUUGAGUUUCGAACUCAUUAGUUUUCAGUUCAUGUUCAAACUCAUCUGUGGAGGAAAAACGGUGUUGAUUCCGAAUUACAAAUUUUUCAACGAGGAAGAUAGAAAAAGUCAACGCAUCAAAUACUUCAAUCUGGAUCAAAAAGAUGUUGACAGUGUUUCAGAAAACGAGAAGCCAACAGAAGAUGCGAUCAAGAAUGGAAAACUUUUGAGUCUCGAAGGUUUUGAUAAAUUCGACAACAAGAAACAAAUCUAUGUUCGCGCUUUUCCAUCAACAAGAGCUGAUGGUAACAAGCGAGUUUUCUGGGAUGACGUUCUAGAAUGUCUCGCUGUUGGUCAAGAUCGUUGUGGAUUUCCAAUGUACUCUGCCUACAAAAAUCAUAGAGAAAUCAAAGAUGCGGAUGCUUUGAAAACUCUCAGCUUAACAGAGUUUGAACACUUCUGCUCUAACUAUGAAAUUGAUAAGAGCAUGUUUACGGUGAGCUUUUCAUUCUGGAGCAGUAAAUUGUUAACUAAAUCAUUUCAGAUUGUUCCCGAUGCAGUCUACGAAGUGGCAGUACAUCAAUUCCUCACUGACUGCAGCAACCGAACCAUUUCGAUAUAUAGUCCAAAUGGAAGAUUAAGGAUGAGAGUUGAGCAUGCAGUGUAUCAUGUAUUCCAGUCCGUUUACUGUGAUGUCAAUUGGAGUAAAGAGAUUUGCAAAAAACAUCCAGCAUGUCUGCAGACUCUCCGAGAAAAAAUUAUGCAAGUCAUGACGGGAUACAUCGUGUGUCCGGAGGGAGACUAUGUCGCUGUAGAUCAUGUUGAGGCUAGAAUCGCUGAUAUCAAAACGCACUGCUACUUUCAAAUUCGAAAAUCCGCAUCAACGCCUUUAAGCAAGCUUUACGGUUUGAAGUUUGAUGACAAAAUCUCCUGUGGAUCGUUUCGUUCUGAUUCUGAACUCUUCGGCUAUCAUAAACUUCUAAAAAUCUCUCCAAAGGAUAAAAUUCCCAAAGACAAAACUAUUUUGGCAUAUGUUGCUCGAAACCGGUUCCUCGUUGCCAACUUCCAACUAUUCUACGACGCUUCAAACUACGCCAUCAACACCGCAAUCAUAGAUGAAUUGAAGUUCAAGUACCCUAAUGUGGAACAGAUGAGAGAAGAUUUCUCGCUGUACAAAAUCGAACUGCCUCAAAAAACGACAGAAGAUUUUGCCCAACAUGUGACUCCACGGCCAACCAAAGGUGACACUAAGCCAAAAGCUUCAGUCAAGAAAGUUGUUAAAAUCGAAAAUUCUGAAAAUCCAGUGAUCGGAACUUGUAAAUUUUGUGAAGAAGCUUCGAAGACUGACAUCAAACCCCACAACAACACAAUAAAGGCUGAUCAUGUGGAAAAAGUCAAAAAGGAAACCUUCAGUUAUGAUUCAGACAAUGAAGCACUUUUACUGGAAAAUGAGCAACUGAAAAUACAGCUCAAUGCGUGCCAAACUCAGCUGAUGAAGUCGCAAGACAACGAGAUAAGCUUAACCGCGAAUUGCGAGGAACUGAUGCAAAAAUUAGGUCACUGGGAAUCUCUUAACAACACUCCUGGUACUCUUCAGAACACGGUGUGUGCUCUAGAAGAAGAAAAAGAGGCUCUAACAAAAGACAAUAACCGGCUCAAUGAAUCUAAUAAACUUUGUCUGAAAAGUGUAUUGGAUCUGGAAACCCAUUACCAAAGGGAGAGGGAAGUUGUUGGACACCUCCAGAGCAAUAUUGUUUUGCUUCAACGGGAUGUUAUAAGUCUGAGAGCAGACAACCAAAACUACGCUGAAGAUGAGAAUCAGCUCUACAACAUUGUUGUUCGCCGUGAAUUACAACUGGAAGAAGAACAAGAAAAAGUCCGCCAGUUGAAUGAGUUUGUCAAAAAAUUAGAGAGAACUCUUGAAAUCGAGAUCCGAGAAUUGAGGGGAGACAACCAGGAUUUGGCUGACACAAACAACCUGCUUCUGGAAAAAAUAGGCGCACUCAGAGUACAGCUCGAGAAGACGAAACAAACAGAGUCAGAAGCUCCACCUCUGUCGGAUGAAAACAUUCCAGAAGUGAAAAAAGAUUUGAAAGAGUCAGAAGAGUUGAGCACCGGUCCAUUAGAGUCCAAUUGUUCCAAAAGUCAAGUGCAUCAGGAUUCUGUAGACCGAGUGGCUUCGCAUACUCCUUGCUCCCCAACUACAUCAUCAAUCAUAUCAGUAUCUCCUUCAAUGACAGGAGAGCCAGACCACGAUUCAGAGAGCGUAAUGGCAUUAUUGGCACGCUUCCAAAAAAUUAAGGAGAACUUCCGAGAAGAGGAGCAAGUGCAACAGGCGAAAGAUAUGGUCGAAGAAUUAAAAAAUCUCUCCAGCCGAUCAGAUAUCAGAAUGCUGGCAAACUACGAACUGCAGCAAUAUGAAGGAAAGAUUCGUGAUUAUUGCCAGACGAUAGAAAUCAUGUAUCAAAGGUUGAAGAAGACGAGAGAUAUUUCUAGUUUCGCCGGAUUCCCUUCGACUCCAUGCUUCUCGGAGAGAUUCAUGGAGCAGUACUGUAAACACAUGGAUGCUAAAUAG